AUGACCUCAAACUCCGCAGAAGCUGGGAACGUCAUUCAGGCUCUCUGCAAGGCGCGGAGAGGGAGGCAGGGAAGGACAGAGCCCCGCCACUAGGGUGUUUUGGGUGGUUUUUUUUUCUUUUUGCUCUGAGGAUGGGAAUGCUCUGGGCUCUUUGAACCACACACCGUUUAGCAUCCAGCGCUUCCACUCCGCAAGCCAGGAGCGCUCGGCUGAGCUUGAAGACGGGCUGUGCCACCUUCCCCGGGAGCUCCAGAAACUUUACUCUUGCGCCUCAGGAGGAAAACCAAGCGAGCGAAGAAGGCUCCCCGGAGGAGGCGCCCGCAGGAUGCCUGGGAAGUGCUGGCGGGUUCUGGUCACGCUGGUGUCGCUGUGGUGCCUGGCGGGCGGCGCGCGCGGCGGCUACGGCAUGAGCAUGUUCGCGGUGCAGACGGCGCAGCCGGACCCGUGCUACGACGAGAACGGCCACCCGCGGCGGUGCAUCCCGGACUUCGUCAACUCCGCCUUCGGCAAGGAGGUGAAGGUGUCCAGCACCUGCGGCCGGCCGCCGGCCCGCUACUGCGUGGUGAGCGAGAAGGGCGAGGAGCGCGUGCGGAGCUGCCACCUCUGCAACGCCUCGGAGCCGCGGCGGGCCCACCCGCCCGCCUUCCUCACCGACCUCAACAACCCGCACAACCUGACGUGCUGGCAGUCGGAGAACUUCGUGCAGCACCCGCACAACGUCACGCUCACCCUCUCGCUGGGCAAGAAGUUCGAGGUGACCUACGUGAGCCUGCAGUUCUGCUCGCCGCGCCCCGAGUCCAUGGCCAUCUACAAGUCCAUGGACUACGGCCGCAGCUGGGUGCCCUUCCAGUUCUACUCGGCCCAGUGCCGCAAGAUGUACGCCAAGCCCAGCCGCGCCGCCAUCACCAAGCAGAACGAGCAGGAGGCCAUCUGCACCGACUCCCACACCGACAUGCGGCCGCUGGCCGGCGGCCUCAUCGCCUUCAGCACCCUGGACGGCCGCCCCUCGGCCCACGACUUCGACAACUCGCCCGUGCUGCAGGACUGGGUCACGGCCACCGACAUCAAGGUGGCCUUCAGCCGCCUCCACACCUUCGGCGACGAGAACGAGGACGACUCCGAGCUGGCCCGCGACUCCUACUUCUACGCCGUCUCCGACCUGCAGGUGGGCGGCCGCUGCAAGUGCAACGGCCACGCGUCACGCUGCGUCCGCGACCGCGACGACAACCUGGUCUGCGACUGCAAGCACAACACGGCCGGGCCCGAGUGCGACCGCUGCAAGCCCUUCCACUACGACCGGCCCUGGCAGCGGGCCACGGCCCGCGAGGCCAACGAGUGCGUGGCUUGUAACUGCAACCUUCAUGCCCGGAGAUGCCGCUUUAACAUGGAGCUCUACAAGCUUUCAGGCCGCAAGAGCGGAGGGGUCUGCCUUAACUGCCGGCACAACACGGCGGGCCGCCAUUGCCACUACUGCAAAGAGGGCUACUACCGGGACAUGACCAAGCCGAUCACCCACAGGAAAGCCUGCAAAGCAUGCGAUUGCCAUCCCGUGGGUGCAGCUGGCAAAACCUGUAAUCAAACCACAGGUCAAUGUCCCUGUAAAGAUGGUGUGACUGGCAUCACGUGCAAUCGAUGUGCCAAAGGCUACCAGCAAAGCCGAUCUCCCAUUGCCCCUUGCAUAAAGAUUCCUGUUGCUCCACCCACCACUGCGGCCAGCAGCACAGAAGAACCUGCAGAUUGUGACUCAUACUGCAAGGCGUCCAAGGGGAAGCUGAAGAUUAACAUGAAGAAAUACUGCAAGAAAGACUAUGCUGUGCAGAUCCACAUCCUGAAGGCCGACAAAGCUGGCGACUGGUGGAAGUUCACCGUCAACAUCAUCUCUGUGUACAAACAAGGGACCAACCGGAUACGGCGUGGAGACCAGAUCCUGUGGAUCCGCUCCAAGGACAUAGCAUGCAAGUGCCCGAAAAUCAAGCCCAUGAAGAAGUACUUGCUGCUGGGCAAUGACGAAGACUCGCCGGACCAGAAUGGGAUCGUAGCGGACAAGAGCAGCUUGGUGAUACAGUGGAGGGACACAUGGGCUCGGCGGCUCAGGAAGUUCCAGCAACGGGAGAAGAAGGGGAAGUGUAAGAAAGCCUAAAGGAACAGGCGGCAGCGGAGCGCGAGAGAAAGAGAGACUGUGCAUGCUGCUUUGUGUAGAACCUGGAGCAGAUAGGGAUUGGGAUUAGGGAUUUUGUGAAGGAACUCACUUUGCAGUUUGUGUGUGUCGGGGGGGCGGGCGGGUGGGAUGUAGGGGAAUCACUUCUGUGGGACUGCCAAGUUUGCACCUCAUAGUACAGAAAAAAAAAACCACACACACACACACACACAAAACCUUUGCGCCAUGAGGCUGGAUUGGGGCCUGCGCUGCCUCGAUCGCCACAGCACCCAGGCUUGUUCAGUUACCAGUUCCCGUGGUCCCCUCGCUUAUUUCGCCCCUUUGUGUCAAAGAGAUCACAGACGCCAAACUGCCUUAAAACUGCUAACGCCCGCUAGUUCCAAAGCCAAGAAACUAACCAACGGCAAUGCUGGAAAUUAACUUUCCUACCCCAGAAUCACAUUUUCUCAUUUUAGGUUGAACGAGACAAUUAUUGUAGGGGAACUAAUUAGAAAUUGAUCAUUGAGGACAUAUUUGAGGAUCAAUUAACACUGGUUACUUGAAUGGUCUUCAGUAAAAUAUAGUUCUAAUAAUCAAUUGCCUGCUGUACAGUAUCUAAGAGACAGGGCUCGAUUUUCAAAGUUGGGCGUGUGUGAUGGUGCUUGUUUAUUAGUACCUGCUUGCACCCACACAACAGUGUGCCUCUUACACUGUGUGUGGAGCAGCCACUAGAAGGCAACACAAUAGUCGGUGUGUUACACAUGCACCUAACUUUGGAAGCAUGGCCCAGCUAUUCCUGUCGGAUUCAAAUCCAGAUUUUUAAAGGAGAGCUGCAUGCUGUUGAGAUGCCAGCUGGUUAGCACAAGAUAUGCACUGAACCACGUCGCGGCACACACGGAUCCACCUCCCAGCUGACAAUCCUCAGUCUAGCAUUUAAUAAUUCAGGUCCCAUUUGCCAAUGGCCAGUCAUCGCCGUGUUAAAUCCAGAGAGUGGAGGAGACAGGAGGAGAAGAUUUGCAGAAGCACCUAAGGGAGGUUGGUGCCCAGGCUUUGCUUGGAGGCUUCUUUCCAAACUCUUUGCUGGCAGUAGCUUCGCUUCCGUACCCAACUAGGCCUUCACAAUCCACUGCGCCUUCCCCAACCCUCCCGCCCCCCUUUAAAUGUUACUCAGAAGAUGAAGGCCCCACUGGGCAAACUGCUGGGAAGCCCACACAGUCACGUUACUUCCUGCCCCUGAGAGUCCUCACGUGUCGCUGAGACAGCUGGCCCCCUGUCUUCUCAUUUCUCAUGCAAGUGAUGACGAGAAGUGGAGAUAUUUGUUCAGCAUCAGGUUGAAUGCGUCUCUUUUGGGGAUUUGCGCUAGAGCAGCAGGUAAUAACGCAAAGCUUCAAACGCAGAUUCAUGCCUGUGCUGAGGGGCCAGCAUGAAGGCCUGUGUGCUACUUCAGCCCCAGCUGAUGUACAUGAUGUAUAUCCCUGCGCCGGGAGAAACACUAGCUAAAGCGACUAGAUGCAAAAGGCUCUACCCAUUUAGCCACUGUAGAAACAAAACUUUCCCAAAGCAGAACAAUAAUCUGCCAGUAUAAAUGAGAGAACCGAGGUCAAUUCUUCUAGGCAGAGGCUGUAUUCGGCUCUCUCUUGGCUUCCGUAGGCAUUGCUGAUAUUCAGCACCUCACCAUUAUAACACUGCUAUGGUGGAGCGGUUGGGGCAGAUCAGCUCAGACUCGCGUUUGAGGGGCUUAACUCCUCCAUGGAGCCUGUGGCACUUCUGCUUUGUUAAAGCCACGGUGCAGAUUUUUCUUAGCUUCCACAUUAGGCUCAUAAGGGGUGAAGGAGGUUUGCACUCACACACAACUUGUACAAGCAACUGCUUGUAAAACAACAACAAAAAACGGGCGCAACUUGGGUGCACAAUUCAGACUCAAUCUCUACGAUGCCCAUGCUACAAAAAUCAAAACCUCCCUGAUACUUUUCCUGUUAGGAAACUUGGAAACAUCCAUUUUAUGACAUUUUCCAGCAGUUUUGCCUUGUUUUAUAGCAAUUGACAAUAUUUAUAUAAUGACAUAAACCGCCCUAAAGCAAGGCAGCGAUGUAAAUCGGUGUAAAAUGGAGAGGUGCCCAGUGAAACGCAGAGCAGGCUGGGGGAGUUGAAAUUCAUGGCUGGGAUGGGGAAACCAGCUCCUCUGAGCUUGUCUGACCCUUGGUGUGAAUUACAAGGCUUAAGUAAAGCAAAUGUAGUCGUUAGGAGAGAAAAUAUACAGACCACUCCGUGGCAGUGAGUGUUCAGCAAAACCAAGUAUUUGUCUCGCAUCCCCGUUUACUGACCACCGGCCAGAAAGAAAAAGGGGCAUCUGGUGUUAAAGGCAAACACUUUUGAAGUCAGUGGGACUAGUGCUCCUACGUCACUUGCACGCUUUUGAAAAUCUCACCCUCAGGUACCUAAAUAUGUACUUGAGAGCAUAAACUGUUGGCCACACUGAUUAAAUUGGACUGGGCCAAAGUACAGUCCUUGAGAGCCUGCAUUGGCUUGGAGAUCUGUCUGUGCUUCAUGGCACCCAGCUGCUCUGGCUGCUCUUGUGGUACAGCACACCCAGUUGAGUCCCAUCACCCUGCAGCUGCCAGCCACUACAUGCGGUAAAGGCUUAGCUACAGCUAAGGAAUGAUUGCAAAAAACAAACAAAACAAAAAACGCUAUUCCAGGAGAGCUCUAGGCAGGCUGCUGUGUAACGCUAUGAGGAUGUUCUGUUGAUAAUCCCAAAGCUCACUCAACCGGCUAAUGAGGUUUUCCAACUAAGAUUUCCAAGGUAGCCUGUGGCUGGAGUGAGAAGGGAGUUUCAGUGGUAGGUGGGUACCCUCCAGUGCCUUUUACAACCCCAGCUCCCUAGUUUGCGUUUAGUAUAACCUCAAAACACAGGUACCUGCCCCAGUGCCUGAGGUUUGGCUGGCAUGCAGCACAUGCCUCCUGCACUCGCGUUGCCCAAAUGCACAUUGAACUGCAGCAAGGUCCCUCGGGGCAGCAGCUUUGCCUUCCAGGCGGAGUUGCUGCAUUCCCCACGAUGGCUAGCCGUCCAAUGGCAGACACUUCCACGUUUGGGUUUGUGGAGCUAGCAUUGUUAACCUGGAGCCCGGCACCUAGGGUGGCAUCCAAAACAAAAAAUUAUAAACUUUAAAAAGCAAACCCCCACCCCUCGGGCUAUUGCUUUUAACAUUUUUGGAAGAACCCCUGGAAGAACAUGCAGAAAAUGUUCACGCCUCCAACACAGGUUAUUUAUCGGCUGAAACACUGCAAAGGGCCAUGGGUACUCCAGACAGUAAAAGGAAAAUAAAUAAAAAGAAAACCAAGAAAUUGGUUUGUAUAGUUAGUACGAGAUGUAAAACAAACGCGCUCAAAUUUUGUUAACCAGAAGUAUAUUGUCGAUUUUUUUAAACAACCCCCCUCCCCUGCCGUGCAAGCCCUAACCCUAACAAAUACUGUCUUUUUGGGGUUCAGUUUUUUACUUUUGCGCUUGCCAACAAGUCCGAGCGGCUUGUUUCGCUCCACCCACGCCUAAGAAGUAUCCCUCUUUAGCUGUGCGUAAUACGUUCAUACAGAAUACUGAGCAUGUGUAACAUAUACAAUCUCCAUCACCACUAGGUAAAGCGAAGCAAAACAAGCUGCCUUUCAGGGGGUGUCUUAUGAAGUAAGUAUUUCCCACAGGCUGCUGGCUUCUCUUUAAGGACAAACCCCCUGGACUUUAGUAGGGCCCGGAUUAUGCUCUUUGGGUAACAACUUCCAUAGGGGCGGCUGCUCCUCAGAAGAAUCCUACAGCUCUUCAUCUGGCGGUAGCCUAUAAGGCAACCCCAUAUACCAGCCAGCAAGGAAUUUAUACCCAUCACCUAAAAGCAGGCGGAUCGGUGGCUGAUUAGUUCAGGCCUGCUAGUCCAGUGGCUGAUGUGAAUUAAAUGUCACGCUGUAGUGCUCUCCCCGGAAACCGAGAGCCUUGUCAGAAUGUUCCACUGAAAUGAAAAAAACCCUCAUCUGAGUCUUACAGGGGAAAGAACCAAAAUCAUCACCCGAGACAACAAGAGAAAAACCCGGGGCCCCAGGGAGAGGACGAAGGGCUUUCAGAGAGUUCUGUACCGGCAGUGAUCAUUCAGGGUCACACACAGUGGUGGAACGUGAUGGUAACUUGAACAACACAAAAAUAAGUAAAUAUCUCCCUAGGGCCUCUGAGGAAGUGUAACGUGGAAUUUGUAACAGGGUAAAGGGCUGCGGUGCCAACCAAGCGAUUCUGGAAAGCAGCUGAAAUGCCAAAACAAUCAUCACUCCACAGUAGCAUUAAACAAAAGUUGUUUUGUUUGUUUCAUUCUGUGUCCCUUCCCCGCCCCUGCACACACCCCCACCCACUCGCCUUUUCUCCUGUUACACAGACCUGGCAGAAAAACCUGUGUUUUUUGUUUAUCUCUGUUAAUAUCUUGAAUUGUAAAUGUUGUUUAGUUAUGACCAUUACAUACUGUUUUGGGCAAUGUUUCUUUACAAUGCAUACUAAUAUAUUAUGGUUAUUAUAUAUGAAUAUAUUUAAUGACGUGAAAAAGUUGUGGAUUUUCUUAUUUUUUUUUCCAAGUUGUCUUUUUGUUUUGUUUUGUUAGAUGGCUGUAACUGAACCAGACGGAGCUUGUAACUGUUCAGCACCCACUUGGUAGAAUUCAAGUCAGAAACCAGUUGAAUAAACUCU